AUGGCGACCUAUUUCGGGGACGAGGAAGAGGGUUACAUGUAUGAUAACAAGGAUGAAGAUGAGGAUGACGACAGGCACGUUCUCCCUUCAUCCCCUUCAUCCCGUGUUGACUGGUCCGUGGACGAGACCGGCGAAGUAGACGAGGAAUCCGAGCCUGAGGCUGAAGACUGGGCGAAGAACGUGAUCACUGGUAGUUGGGAUGAUCAGAAAGGCCGCGACGCAUAUCCGCGGGGAUCGAACGAGCGAGGAGUAGGCGCACCAGCCAGAAAGAAUGUAUCCAGCGUAGCGCCAAAACGCAAACCGACGAACCCAGAUGUCAAGAAGCCUAACCCGUCAGAAAAGAGCAAGAGUGAACCAGGGCCUGCCUCGAGCAAAGAAUCCAAGUCAAAGAAGGACACAAAUCGCAAGUAG